CCCCCCCUCUGCACCGAGCAUCCCAGAGAUAACGGCCGAGUGUCUGUGCGCCUUUAAGAGCCGUAUAUAUCCCGCUGCCCUCUGCACUAAAUCUCCAUCGCUGCUGUGUGAGGGGGAGAGAAGAAACAGAAAGCCACGGCAAUGUCCGCCAGCUCUGCUUUCAACGAUGAGAAGGGGGGCUCGUCCAGUGUCGGGGAGCCUGAAUAUGGUCACGACCCGGCGAGCGGAGGGAUUUUUUCCUCCGACUACAAAAGACAUGACGACUUGAAGGAGAUGUUGGACAGCAACAAAGACUCCCUGAAGCUGGAGGCAAUGAAGCGGAUCGUGGCUAUGAUCGCCCGAGGUAAAAAUGCAUCAGAUCUGUUCCCUGCUGUGGUGAAAAAUGUGGCCUGUAAAAACAUUGAGGUGAAGAAGCUGGUCUAUGUUUACUUGGUGCGAUAUGCCGAGGAGCAGCAGGAUCUCGCUCUGCUCUCCAUUUCCACGUUUCAGCGAGGGUUGAAGGAUCCCAACCAGCUGAUCAGAGCCAGCGCCCUGCGAGUUCUCUCCAGCAUCCGAGUCACGAUCAUCGUCCCCAUAAUGAUGUUGGCCAUCAAAGAGGCUGCUUCUGAUAUGUCCCCAUACGUCAGGAAGACAGCUGCUCAUGCGAUUCCUAAACUCUACAGUUUGGAUCCAGAACAGAAGGACCAGCUGAUUGAAGUUAUAGAGAAACUCCUCGCUGACAAAACCACGUUGGUGGCAGGAAGCGUUGUUAUGGCAUUUGAGGAGGUGUGUCCGGAGCGCAUUGACCUGAUCCACAAGAACUACAGGAAGUUGUGUAACCUGUUGAUCGACGUGGAGGAGUGGGGGCAGGUCGUCAUCAUCAACAUGCUGACUCGCUACGCCAGGACCCAGUUCCUCAACCCAAACAUCAAUGAGUCCCUGCUGGAGGAGGGAAGCGGAGGGGACAAGACGUUCUACGGCUCAGAUGAAGAUGAGGACGAGGAUGAGGAGGAGAAAGAAAAGAAUGCAGAGGCUCCUGCAAUGGCCAAGAGGAAGCCGUAUGUGAUGGACCCAGACCACCGGCUGCUGCUGAGGAACACCAAGCCACUCCUGCAGAGCCGCAACGCAGCUGUUGUAAUGGCUGUGGCUCAGCUAUAUUUCCAUCUUGCCCCUAAAGCAGAAGUUGGGGUGAUCGCCAAGGCCCUGGUCCGUCUCCUGAGGAGCCACAGUGAAGUCCAGUAUGUUGUUCUUCAGAACGUGGCAACAAUGACGAUUAAGAGAAGGGGAAUGUUUGAACCAUACCUGAAGAGUUUCUACAUACGCUCUACAGACCCAACCCAGAUUAAAGUCCUAAAGCUGGAGGUUCUCACCAAUCUGGCCAAUGAGACAAACAUUUCAACUAUUCUCAGAGAGUUUCAGACAUACAUUAAAAGUAUGGACAAAGACUUUGUGGCUGCCACAAUCCAAGCCAUUGGCCGCUGUGCUACCAACAUCGGGGAGGUGAGGGACACGUGUCUGAACGGGCUGGUGCAGCUGCUGUCCAACCGAGACGAGUUAGUCGUAGCUGAGUCGGUGGUGGUUAUUAAGAAGCUGCUGCAGAUGCAACCGGAGAAGCACAGCGACAUCAUAAAGCACAUGGCGAAACUAACGGACAACAUCCAGGUGCCGAUGGCGCGGGCCAGUAUACUCUGGUUGAUUGGAGAAUACUGUGAGCAUGUACCUAAGAUUGCCCCGGAUGUCCUGAGAAAGAUGGCCAAGUCAUUCACUAACGAGGAGGACAUUGUUAAGCUACAAAUCAUCAAUUUGGCUGCCAAGCUCUAUCUCACCAACUCCAAACAGACCAAACUUUUGACGCAGUAUGUUCUCAACUUGGCCAAGUACGACCAGAACUACGACAUCCGAGAUCGAGCGCGCUUCAUUCGGCAGCUCAUCGUACCCACCGAGAAGAGCGGAGCCCUCAGCAAGUACGCGAAGAAACUGUUCCUCGCCCUCAAACCUGCACCAGUCCUCGAGUCUCCAUUUAAAGAUCGAGACCACUUCCAGUUGGGUUCAUUGUCCCACUUGCUGAAUGCCAAGGCUGGCGGCUACCAGGAGUUGCCUGACUGGCCUGAAGCUGCCCCAGACCCCUCCGUGCGCAACGUGGAGGUGAAGGAUUCUGUUUUUACGCUGCUUGAAAGAGUCACAACAUUAACGAGUGUGCCUGAAUGGACCAAAUGCAGCAGCCGAGAGAAGAGGAAGGAGAAGAAAGUGGAGAAGCCGUUCUACUCGGACUCGGAGGGCGAGUCUGGGCCGACAGAGUCGGCUGACAGUGAGUCGGACUCUGCCAGCGGCUCAGAAAGUGGCAGCGGCAGCGAGGAGAGCGGAUCGGGAUCAGAGAGCGUGGAGAGCGAGGAAGGCUCUGAGUCUGAGGAAGAGGAGGAGGAUGAGGAGGAAAAGAACAAGAAGAAGAAAAAGAAAGAAUUGAAGAAGCCAGUGCAAGAAAGCGAAAGCGAGCAGAGCAGUGAAGAAGAAGAGAGGAAGCCCGAGAGGAAGAGCAAACAACGUAAGAGCGACUCAGAGUCUGAAUCUGACGAAGAGGAGAGCGAGUCUGAAAGCAGCCAAUCGGAGUCUGAAGACUCUGAGUCUGAAGCAGAAAUCAAAAAGAAAAAAAAGGCAGCUGAAUCCAAACCUCCUACCAAACCUGUCAAGAAAGAGAACAAGAAAGAAAAGAAAGAAAUGUCUCUGCUCGACCUUGAUGAUUUUGAACCUGCUCCUUCUCCUCAAGUUACACCCGUCAACACCUUCCUGUCCAACAGCCUUGUGACCGACCUGGAGGGACUGUCUUUGUCUGACACCGUUCUUUCCCCAGCAACCAUCGCUCCCUCCAGUGCACUGAAGAACUAUGAGCUGCUGCACCGGAUUACGGGGGAGGGUCUGUCGGUUGAAUACUGCUUCAGCCGACAGCCGUUCAGCCCUGACGCGAACAUGGUGGCAGUGCAGAUGCAGUUCACCAACAACGCCACCUCCGACACCAAGAACCUGCACAUGGAGGACGUGAAGCUCCAGUCUGGGAUGAGGGUCAAAGAGUUUCCAGAGAUUGAGCUGCUGCCAGCAGGUGAGACGGCCGCAGCUGUGAUGGGCAUCGAUUUCUGUGACUCAACACAAGCGGCAAACUUCCAGCUUUGCACCCACACCAAGAAAUUCUUCGUCUCAAUUCAGCCGCCGGUUGGGGAGCUGAUGAGGCCUAUCUUUCUGACAGAGAACGAGUUUAAAAAGGAGCAAGGUCAGCUGAUGGGUAUGAAUGAGAUCACGGAGAAGCUAACCCUGGACGCAAAGUGCCGGAACGAACACGCCAUUGUCCAAAGGGUGACCACCGCCGCCAAUCUCAGCAGAGUGCCCUGUGGGUCAGAUAAAGAGUGCAGUCCUCCUGUUCCUCCUCCUGAUCAUCCUAUCCACAGGUUCGCAGGCAGGACGGUGACCAGCAGCAGCUUGGUGUUGGUCACCGUGGCGACCAAAGAGGAAGGAGCCGCCCAGCUGACGGUCAACUGUGAGAAAAUGUUGAUCGGCACCAUGCUGGUGAAGGACAUCCUCCUGGCUUUGACACAGUGACGUGUGUCGCGACAUUUUUGCCCUCUGCCCCCUCUCACAUAUCGUCCGAGACUCAUCACACUUGUAGCAUCUCCUCCGUUCUCCUGUAAGCAGUGAGGAAGUUUCCAGAAUGUUUAAUCCCAGUUUGUUGUUUGGUUCAAGAACCCUCUACUUUAAGAAAUGUGACAGUUGUUGACAAUCAGACAUGACUGAUGUUGAACCUGAUAUGAAAUCCAUCUCCCCCCUUUUAAAGUUAAUUUAAAUAUUUAUAAUUAACAUAUUUUCCUUCCAAUUGGAUUUAUUGGACUCCACUUUCUGAGUCAACACAAAAGAGAUUUUUGCAUCUUUUAAGUGUUCAAAACCUUAAAUUUUCUUCCACUUAAUGUUAUCAAAGCUUUCGACUACAUCUCGUGGUUUAUUUGUAUAGCACCUUUCAACAACAAUGCAAUUCAAAGUGUUUAACAUAAGACAUAAAAAGGCAUUAAGACAAGAUAUGAAAGAAACAUACAACAAUAUAGGAAUAUAAGAAGAAAAAAACGAAGAUAGAAAAAAGCCCAAAAAUAUCAAAUUAAUAAAGUCACAGUGCAGCUACAGUGCAGUGCAAGAAAUGAAUGAAAUGUAUUAAAUUUAAUAAAUGACAGUGGCAAACAAAACGUUUCAAGACUUAAAGUAAAAAAAAAAAUGGAGAGUUAAAACAGACCUUAAGUUUUCUAGCAGUUUGUUCCAGAUAAUGUGUAAAAACUGAAUGUUGUUUAGUUAAAAGUCUGGUCGGCUCAUUAUGUAGCAGCCGAUCAAAGACGCACCCUGGAAACAGAGAACAUCAGCUGCCUUUGGUACACUACACUUAAAACGUCAUGUUGUGACCAUAUGUACAUACUUAGGUACCUAGAUAACAACUGUGCAAACUCCAUCUGUUGAGGAAGGCUACGAGACAAAGUUAGUGAACCUUUCAAUAACAGUAUUUUCAGAUAAUACAAAAAACAGUCCCGCUUCAUUCAUAGCAUUUAGUUUAGUUUCUGCUGGACAUGAGUUUUGAUUAAAUUAUUUACAAAUAAGGUGCCCAAGUAGGUUAUUCUUUAUUCUUUCUGAUAAGUGGGAGCACAAAUCUUUUAGUUUUUAGCUUGUUAGUUAUUAGCUUUGAGACUAUUUUAGGAUGUAGAUAACAUAAGUAAUAGAUUAUAUACUAGGUAUAUAUCCCCCAAAACAUGUACAUACAAUAAGUGAAACCAGUAAAAAUCAAAUACUCAUUCAGUUAUUUGUCAUUACUUGAAUGUAGCAUGAAGGCUCGACUGAGACAACAACUACCUAUAACUGAAUCAUUCCAUUUUGGCACAAUAAACAUUGUUAAUCAAUAACUCUCCCGGGAAUAACGAAGGAUUUUCAUCUCAGAUUCUGCGAUGUUAGCGUUUGCCUAACUGUCAUUGUGCACAUGUUCAUUACAAUAAGUGGGGCAUUUCUAAAAACUGAAGAUGUAUAAAUGUUAUUAUAUGUAUUGCAACAUGUAAUACAAUAAGUAAGGUGUGGUGUGUCUGAGUGUGUGUGUGUCUGAGUGUGUGUGUGUGUGUGUGUGUGUGUGUGUGUGUGUGUGUGUGUGUGUGUGUGUGUGUGUGUGUGGACGACACUGAAUAUUGACCUGGCAAACAUUAACUAGCUGUUUUCAAAACGAUUCAAAAUGACGCUUGACUUGAGAUCAUCAUGAAGCCCAUUAUAAUGAUCAGUCCACAGGACAGUAAGUAAGGACUCAUACGAAGACUAAAACAUGAUCUUACAUUUAAUUAUAGAUUCAUAAAUGUGCCUGACAAACUAAUCUACUUAACAUUAGUCACCACAUUCGGGGCUUCAGUUAGCUGAUUACUUAAUAGUUUCAAUAUUAAGUAAUCAGCUAAUUCUUUAACAAUUCAUCCUCAGAGAACAUCUUCCUCUCCAAAACCCAGAGUUCCACUUAAUAACAUAGAAAAUUAAGAAAACUAUAUUUACAUUUUAAAAUCCAGAAUGUGAUUUCCAUUAGAGAAUGAAUGAUAAUUAGAUUAAAACAGUGCUUAUGAUAAUGUCAAACACUUUCAAGUUGAGUGUUACCUCGAUCUCAUUUGUCAGGCAACACUGUUUUCAUGCCUUUUAUUAUAUCUUGAUUUCAGGUCAGAAGUCAUGUGGCUUCUCUUUUGUUACGGACCCUCAUGUGUCCAGUGGCAGCAUGUUUCUUAUCUUUAACACAUUGUCUGUGUAUUUAUUUAUUCAUUGUUUCUUUACUGUUGGAAAAUGUAACAACCAAAGGAGUACAUUACAGUCAGACGUCAGCACUCGUCGUGGAAAACUGAGCAGCAGCAGUGGACGGUUUUAUUUUGGCCUUUUUUGUAUCUGUUGCGUUGUUUACCAUUGAACCACUCACACCUGAAAUUUCCAGUCACUGCAAACACAGUCAUGAUAAAGAAUGUAAAGAAUAAGAAAUUUUAAUGUAAAAAUCUACUGAAAAAGAGACAGGAACCACUGGAUAAACCUAUUCUCCAAAUCAUAAUUCAUGUCUGGCAAUUUGUUUUUAAUCUGCAUCAGCUUUCAAAUAUCCAAAGUAUGGUUUAUCAUACUCUGUGUGUGUGGUUGUGAAAUGUGAUCCUGAAGUAUUACAAGUUUAUUUAUUAUACAAAUAAAAAUGACAGAUACAUUG